GGUGGACCGUGCUGCAGCCUUCCGCGACGCCGGAACUUUCGGGGGUCCACUGCUGCGGGAAGCCGGGGAACGGCAGGACCGCAGGCGCGCGUCGCUGAGUCUUCCGUCCCGGUCACCAACUCUGUGGCAGCACUCUCUAGGAGCGGCGUUAGGCGCGCGCAGGCUCCUCCGUCCGCUAGCUCCUCUGUCUUCACACCGUCCGCACGCGCUCCUUUAGGGAGGGCGUUCUGCAGCGUCCUGGCUGCCAGGGCCAUGGGCGUCCGGGCGGUGGCCUGGCUUCUUCUCUGGGAGGUGGCUGGAUUCACUAGCAUACCAGCCACGGCCUUCUCUACCGCUCCCACCGACACUGGCAUAAGGGCCACUUGUUCUGAAAUUAUUUUGAGGCAAGAAGUUUUGAAAGAUGGUUUCCAUAGAGACCUCUUAAUAAAAGUGAAAUUUGGAGAAAGCCUUGAGGACUUACAGACCUGCCGACUCUUAAUUAAACAGUACAUUCCAUCAGGACUUUUUGUGGAUCCAUAUGAGUUGGCUUCAUUACGAGAGAGAAACAUAACAGAGGCAGUGAUGGUUUCAGAAAACUUUAAUAUAGAAGCUCCCAAUUAUUUGUCCAAGGAAUCUGAAGUUCUAAUUUAUGCCAGACAAGAUUCACAGUGCAUCGAUUGUUUCCAAGCUUUUUUGCCUGUGCACUACCGCUAUCAUCGGCCACAUAGUAAAGAUGGAGAAACCGUUAUUGUGGUCAAUAACCCUGAUUUACUAAUGUAUUGUGACCAAGGUAUAUAAGAAUGUGACUCUACAGGUUCCAGUGGGACUGACUAUACAUACAUCUUUAGUAUGUUCUGUGACUCUGCUCAUUACCAUCCUGUGUUCUACUUUGAUCCUUGUGGCUGUUUUCAAAUAUGGCCAUUUCUCCCUAUAAGUUUUACCGAGUUAAGUGCUUUCCAUAAACCUAAAUAAGACCUAUUUACUUGUGACUAGAAGUGUUCUUCUAGAAUUAUGUCAUUAUUUUUGUCUUCAUUUAUGACUAAAAUUAUGUCUACUAGAGGAAAUUUUGGAUCAUUUUCAACUAAUUCCAAAAUUUAGUGCUCUGUUGUAUAGACCUUUGGUAAUCUUCAAGCUAGUGCCAAUAGAGGAAACUUAGUUUCGUUAAAUUAAUAUUUAUUUUGUGAGAAGUGAUUUUAUCUUCAUUUAUUUUACAAAAAUGGGUACUUUAUGUAUUAGAGACAAAUU